GGACAAGAUGACAUCCCAGGACAGAAAGCGAUAUCCAGGAUUAAGAGAUGAAGCGUUCCCGGCCGCGUUCACUACCCCGCCUUCCCCAGUCACUGACAGAAAACCCGGACAGCUACCUCAAAGUGAAAUUCAAAAAUUCUUCGAUGAGGGAUACAUUGUGGUUCGAGAUUUCUUCACUCGAGAGGAGCUGGACCCCUGCAAGAAGGACAUCGAGGCUAUGGUGGAGCAGCUCGCCCAGAAGUUAUACAAGGCGGGAAAAGUUCAAAGUUUGUACGAGGAAUAUGGGUUAUUCCAAAGACUGACCAAACUAGAGGAAGAUUUCCAAGGAGCAAAUAUACUUUUAUUUAAAUACCAGAAGAUGCCAGAGGUAACUAUUGAUUUUUCAUUUCAGAAAAUCUGGUCCAACGAGCGAAUUCUAAAUCUCCUAGAGCAAAUUCUGGGACCAGAGAUUGCCGGACAUCCCACCUGGAACUUGAGGACAAAGACACCCUACAGUGAAGCGGUCAACAUCCCUUGGCACCAGGACAGCGCCUACAUGAGCAACGAAUCGUACGAUCACAUGAUCGCCACCGCCUGGCUCCCAUUUUUGGAUGCCACUCCAGAGAAUGGAUGCAUGCAGAUGGCCAAAAACGGGCACCGGUUGGGGAAGGUAGCCGUUCAUGAUUGCUGUGCUGGGCCCACCUGGUAUGUCAUGCUGAAGGAGGAGGACAUGAGGGACACUCUUGGCGUUGACUUACAAGAAGACAUUAAAGUGGAGCCUGUGGGGUACGGAGGCUUUAUACUCUUUAAUAACCUAACACCACACAGAAGCUUACCUAACGUAUCCAAUGAUGUCCGCUGGAGCGUGGAUUUAAGAUGGCAGUCUCCGAGACACGACUACGGUUUCUACGGAAUCCAAGAGGGCAUCCUCUUCCGAUCACCGGAUCAACCAAACCUCAAACCUGACUGGGCCAAAUUCUUUGCCGUUGAUAGGAAGGAAGUCUGGCAAAAGAAAUACGCCAAACUGGGCGGAACAACUGACUGGGAGUUUGACACAAGAGUCACCGGACCUUGGAUCGGAAAAUGGGAGAUAGUCAACCACAACGCCAACACUGAAUUGUUUCAGGCAGUCGCUUAA